AUGGCAUCAGAUGCAGCUCAAGAGGCUCUAGUAAAUGAAGCAAAACGACGAGCUUCAUAUGCAGCUAUUGACUCUCACGUCACGCCCAAUACCAAAGUCAUUGGAAUAGGUUCUGGAUCAACGAUUGUGUUUUGUGUUGAUCGACUCAAACAACGAGUCGCUGAAGGAGGCUUGAAUGUCAAAGCUUGCAUUCCUACUUCAUUUCAAGCUAGGCAGUUGAUUAUUGAGGCUGGUUUACCAUUGGCCGAACUGAAUCAAUACCCAUCUAUUGAUAUUGCAUUCGAUGGAGCUGAUGAAGUGGAUUCUCGACUAAAUCUCAUCAAGGGUGGAGGAGCAUGCAUGCUACAAGAAAAGCUUGUUGCUUCAAAUGCUAAAAAGUUUGUCGUGGUGGCUGAUUAUCGCAAGAACUCGACUAAAUUGGGUGAAAAUUGGAAGCAAGGUGUACCAUUGGAAGUUGUGCCAUUAGCAUAUGUGCCUAUAAUGGAGCGUGUUCGAGCUCUAGGCGGUAUCCCCACACUACGAAUGGCAGUACGAAAAGCUGGUCCAGUUGUAACAGACAAUGGGAACUUCGUGGUGGAUGCAAUCUUUGGCACUAUUGAUGAUCCAUCCAAAUUGGAAGCUUCAUUGAUCAAGAUCCCUGGAAUGGUUGUAUCUGGGCUCUUUACUGAUAUGGCUGAGAAGGCGUACUUUGGAAUGGCUGACGGGUGA